AUGGUCAUCGCCUCUUUUGCUCAAGGGGAUGACAAGUAUACUGCACCAAGAGAGAAUCAAAAGCGUGUGAAAACUGGUGUUGGGCAUCUGAUCGUUAGUGACAUAGAUUUUUCUGGAAAGCAUAGUUUUUAUAUCGAGGAUUUUGUUGACAAGGCAGAGGAGACCAACCUCGAGGGGUCUCCAAGAUCUCCUUAA